AUGGAUAUUCAAGCGACUAGACCAGAACUGAGUGACAGGGAAUUAUUAACUCUCUCUGUGAAUGAAAUAAUUUCUCAUUUGAUAAAAGCGCAAAAGGCGGGGACCGAUGUUAAUUUGAAUCGGUUAAAGUGUGUGGUUUCAUCGAAAUAUGGUUUAAGUAGUCAACCCAGAUUGGUGGACAUCAUUGCAGCUGUUCCAGAAGAUUAUAAGCAUGUUCUUCUGCCCAAGCUUAAAGCAAAACCAGUGCGUACAGCUAGUGGAAUUGCUGUUGUAGCAGUAAUGUGUAAGCCACAUCGAUGUCCACAUAUUAACUUCACUGUACCUUUCUCAUUUUCCACUGCAAUUCUUUUUUCAUUUUUCGGUAACAUUUGUGUUUAUUGUCCUGGUGGUCCUGAUUCGGAUUUUGAAUAUAGCAGCCAGUCUUAUACGGGAUAUGAGCCGACAUCUAUGAGAGCAAUUCGAGCACGCUAUAAUCCAUAUUUGCAGACGAAAAGUCGUAUCGCUCAGUUAACACAACUUGGUCAUUCAGUUGAUAAGGUAGAAUUUAUUGUAAUGGGAGGAACUUUCAUGUCGUUAUCAACAGAUUAUCGCGAUUAUUUUAUAAGAAAUCUUCACGAUGCAUUAAGCGGGCAUACCAGUUCUAAUGUUGCUGAGGCAAUUCAAUUCGGUGAAAGAGGUCAUGUUAAAUGUAUUGGUAUAACCAUUGAAACUCGUCCAGAUUAUUGUUUGCCAAGACAUUUGGACGAUAUGCUGUCCUAUGGAUGUACUCGACUUGAAAUUGGAGUGCAGUCAGUCUACGAAGAUAUUGCAAGAGAUACUAAUAGAGGGCAUACAAUCCAAGCAGUAUGUGAAUGCUUUCAUAUGUCGAAAGAUACUGGUUAUAAAAUUGUUAUACACAUGAUGCCUAAUCUUCCAAAUGUCGAUAUCGAUCGCGAUAUGGAACAAUUUAUUGAAUUGUUUGAAAAUCCUGCAUUUAGACCGGAUGGGUUGAAAUUAUAUCCAACACUGGUAAUACGUGGAACAGGUUUAUAUGAAUUGUGGAGGACUGGUCGAUACAAAAGUUAUUCUCCAGAAGUGUUAGUUGAUCUAACAGCACGCAUUCUUUCUCUUAUACCACCUUGGACACGGGUAUACAGAGUUCAAAGAGAUAUACCUAUGCCAUUAGUAUCUAGUGGUGUGGAAUAUGGAAAUCUUCGGGAACUUGCGCUUGCUAGAAUGAAACAGCUCGGCACAACUUGUCGAGAUGUCCGCACUCGAGAAGUCGGUAUUCAGGAAAUUCACAAUAAAGUUCGUCCCUACCAUAUUGAAUUAAUCAGGCGUGAUUAUGUUGCGAAUGGUGGCUGGGAAACUUUUUUAUCUUAUGAAGAUCCUGAGCAGGAUAUUCUUAUUGGUUUAUUACGCUUACGUAAAUGCAGUGAUAAAGUGCACCGUACUGAGUUGAAGGGCAGUGUGUCGAUUGUUCGUGAGCUACAUGUAUAUGGUUCAGUAGUCCCAGUUUCAACUCGCGACCCUUCAAAAUUUCAACACCAAGGUUUCGGUCAGCUAUUGAUGGAAGAAGCCGAAAAUAUUGCAAAGAAUGAACAUCACUCUUCGAAAAUUGCGGUGAUUUCGGGUAUUGGUACUCGCAAUUAUUAUCGGUAUGUUGUUUAA